CAUCCAAGUCCUGGGAUGUGAACAGAUAGGGCUAGCCUGGUCAUAAUUUUCAGCGGCAAAGUGUACUUCUAUGGAUCGGAAGCCAGCCGAAAAAGGACAAGGAGCGAGAAAAGCUAUCGCUGCUGUCCAGCCAGCGCCGGAGGAUGACGCCGCCAAGCCCGCUGCAGCCUCCAAGGGGAGAGGAAGACGGCAGGAACCUUCUUCCGACUGCCCUGGCAAAGCCAAGACAUCGCUCGUGAACCAAGGGAAAGGAUCCGGCCACAGCGGGAAAGAAAGUGCCCCUAGGGGAAGGAAAACGUCCCUGGAGAACAGCACCCCCGGCGCCGAGAAAUGUGACCGCCCGGCAGGAAAAAGUGAUAAUCCCCCAGGGGACGAAGGCGCUUUGCAGAAGCGGGAGCGUCACCUCCAGGCGAAGGCGUUUGAACCGGAGAAGGCAGACGUUGCCUCGGGAGCUGUUUCCCGGGAGAAGAACCGUCUCCCUGAUGGGGAGAAAAAAGAAGCUCCCCAUCGAGGGAAAAAAGCGUCCCAGAAGGCGCGCCCUCCCCCAGCAAAGGAGCCGCCGGAGCAAGGAAGGGCCGAAGCUGUGCCCAGAGGGCCGCCCCCUCCACAGGGCAUCUCCUUGAGACAAGUGCUGGAAAGGCUCACCUUGCGCAGGGUAGAGAUUUCGGAUGCCUCCCAGCGGGUUAAUUCAGUUAGAGACCUUUUGGUGGAAGCCAUCAGAAAGAGGCUGUACUUAAGCUCUAACUCUGUUCAGAUAGUAGGCACCGGCAGCUACUACGAGCACCUCAAGAUAACUAAACCAGAUGAAUUUGAUAUUAUGCUUAAAGUGCCAGGAGUAAGAGUUGAGCUGGAGCCCUAUAAUGGUGGUGACUGCAAGGGUGUUUAUUAUUUUGUAAAACUGAAAAGGAACCCUGGAUUACAGCGACUAAAUGACUUCGUGGAUGAUCAGCAAUAUCUUUCAGCUUCCAAAUUCCUUUCAGAACUGCGGAGCAUUAUUAUAAAUGAAGUAAAGACUAUAAAUG